AUGUGCAUGCUGCAUGGCGGUGCAAAAGACGCAUUGGCUAACCUAAGUGAGUACAAAAACGCCAUCCAUGCCUGUGGGCCGAAAGCACAGUGGCAGCGAGCCCUCGCGUCCUUGGCGGACUUUUGCAACAAGGGGUUGCAGGCGAACGCACGGGUGCAUGGUGCUGUCAUCAAUGUUUGCAAAAGAGCUGCCAAGUGGCAGAUGGCCCUGGCUCUGCUUGUGCAUGCACAAGACAACAAUUUACUCCUCGACGUUGUGGCCUUGAGCACAGCUGUGAGCGCCUGUGAGCGGGGUGCUAAAUGGGAGCAAGCAUUGGGAUUGCUCAGUUGGGCGGCGAGGCAAGCCGUGCAAGUGGAUAUUAUUCUUUGCAAUUCUGCAAUCAGUGCGUGUGAGAAGGCUGGACGCUGGCAGGAGGCAUGCCUCCUGUUGGAAGGAGUUGGGAACUUGCGUAUGCUUCCAAAUGCCGUCACUUACAAUGCGGCGAUGAGUGCUUGCAGGGAAGACGGGGAGUGGCGGACUGCAAUGGCUUUGUUGAAUCAGCUGCAUGAUUGCCAAGUCUUGCCAACGGUCGUAACUUACAAUGCUGCCAUCAGUGCUUGUCAGGAUCCUUGUGCAGAUGUUUGGUGCCGUGCAGUUGCACUGAUCGAAGAGAUGGAGGCCGGGCAACUGCAGCCAGAUUUGGUCACUUACACAUUGGCCAUCUCUUCUUGCCAGUCCUCGAUGGCGUGGAUGCAAGCGCUUGCCUUGCUUGGCGAGGUGGAGAGGCAGGGGCUUCAGCUGGACAUCGUCGUGUACAACGCUGCCAUUAGUGCCUGCGGCACGCCACGAUUCUGGGAGUUGGCGCUUCACAUGGUGCAGGAAACAGAAGCGACGUCUCUUGCCCCAGACAUCGUGACUUUCAAUGCCGGGAUCUGUGCAUGCCAAGGAUCAGGUUUGUGGCCGCUCAGCUGCGAUCUUCUCCAGCAGCUCGAGGGCCGACAACUGAGACCAGAUGUUUUCACUUACAACCUGAUUCUCCGCACCCUGGAGGAGCAAGACACUCAGUGGAGCCUUGCCUUGGAGGUGCUUUCGCAGGUUGAAACAAAUGGCCUUCAACUGGACGUGAUCUCCUAUGUCUCUGCAAUAAGCGUCUGUGAGCGCACAGGGCAGGCUACCAUGGCACUGCGACUUCUGAUGGAGAUGAGGGCUCGGCGACUGCAGAGCAUCGUAGCGUUGAAUGCCGCAAUCAGUGCUUGCGGGCGAGGGGAGCAAUGGCAGCAGGCACUUCUUCUUUUUUCCGGUGCGGAGCAUCAACAGCUGGCUGUGGACGUGGUGACGUGCGGCGCGGCGGUCAGUGCGUGUGAGAAGGCUAGCCAGUGGGUUCAAGCUCUGCAGCUUCUUUCGUCUGCUCGCGACGGUCGGCUGCGUCUCAACAUCGUGGCGCUGAGUGCAGGUAUUAGUGCAUGUGAAAAGGCCGUCCGAUGGGAAGAAGCCUUGUGGCUGCUGGUCGAUUUAGCCGUCUGGCAGCUGGAGGCCGACGUGACCAGCUACAGCGCGGCCAUAAGUGCCUGUGAGAAGGCCGCGGAGUGGCGACGGGCUUUGCAGUUGCUUUCGCAGGCGGCGGACCAAGGACUGCAAGUGAAUCUGAUCACCCUGAGUGCAGCCAUCAGCGCGUGCGGGAAGGCAUCGCAAUGGUUGGGUGCCCUGCACCUUCUCGGCCGAGCAAGGGAAGAAGGGCUCCAACCUGGCGUCGUCGCUUUCUCUGCUGCGUUGAGUGCCUGCCAGCAGGCGGGUGAGUGGCAGCGGGUGCUGCAUCUCUACACGCAGAUGACUGCUUCUGCCCUGGAGCCGAACGUGGUCACCGUGGCCUCUGCGCUGGCCUCCUGCGAUUCUGUGGCACGCGGCUUCGAGUCGCUGGUACUGCUGGCCAGGCUGGAGCAGUGCAGCGAGCUUGGUUGA